AUGCCAGCUAAUACUACUAACUCGGAUUUAACUAACAGUGCCGAAUACACACGAGAAACACCAUACGAUCAAACGACACUUUUACAAAAUAUAGCUCAAGAUGAGCCUCGAUUAAACAUCGAUCAGAAAAAAGUAUUCACUGCAUUACUAUCAACAAUUGAUAACAAUGAAGGGAAAUUGUUUUUUCUUGAUGCCCCAGGAGGUACAGGAAAAGCAUUUCUAAUCAAUCUGCUUUUAAAAAAAGUGAGAUCUACCGGAAAAAUUGCGUUAGCUGUUGCGUCAUCCGGCAUUGCCGCUACGCUUUUGGAAGGAGGCCGAACCGCACACUCUACAUUUAAGCUCCCGCUGAAAAUCUCCACCGAUGAUAAUAACAGCGUCUGUAGUGUUUCUAAACAGAGCAAUACAGGAAAAUUGAUGCGUGACUGCUCAUUAAUAGUCUGGGACGAAGCUACCAUGUCAAACAAGACGUCUGUGGAAGCACUGGAUAGGAAAAUGCGCGAUUUGCGCAACAAAAAUUCACCUAUGGGUGGAUGUACAAUUCUGUUCUCAGGAGAUUUCCGUCAAAUCCUACCAGUUGUGACUCAAGGAACACGUGAUGACGAAAUAAAUGCUUCCCUGAAAAGAUCCAACCUUUGGCCACAUGUCAAUAAAUUAGAGCUUAAAACUAAUAUGAGGGCUUCGUCAUCUUCACGUGAGAACAGGCUAUUUCCAAAGAUGCUGCUAAAAGUUGGCAAUGGAGAGUUAACACAAAGUGAGGGAAGGAUUAACCUAGAAAACCUCUGUGUUUUGAUAGACAGCAUCCAAGAGUUAGUCAACAAUGUCUAUCCUGACAUUGAUAACAUAAGUUAUAAGACAAUAUCUUGGUUUUAA